CUGCCAGAAGACUCCAUAUCGUCUUUGGACUGUAUUCCGAGAGCGGACAUGGCAAAAGGGAAAAAAGGUGUGCUGAGAACCGACAAAAAGUCAGAGAACACCGGUGAACGUACAGUCACCGCACAGACUGAGACAAAGGAGAACAAGCCUGCAGCUGAAAAGAAUUGUAUCAGUAAGGUGCAGUCAAAUUUCCAGAGCCUGCAAAGUUCGAGUAAACCCAGAUCCCCUCUGAGUGACAGUUUAAUCAAGGAGGGAAAUGAUUCUGAUGCAACUAAUCCUGACAUGUCAAAGCUGAAAAAAGACGUACCCUGCAAAGUUCAGCCUGAGAGCUGUGAGUCCAAGGAGCCGAAACCAGAAGCUGUUUCUCUCAAUCAUGAGACAAGAGAGCAAACCACUGACCAACUCGAGCAGAAACAAUUGAACAAAGAACCAAAUGCCAAGUCUGCAACAGACAGCAAACUUCCACUCAAACCUAAGAGUAGAACAACUGGUCACAAACGCAGGGCAAAAAAGACGGAGAACAAAGCUCCUCAAAACAGAAAGGUCACUGACUAUUUUCCCAUCAGACGGAGUAACAGAAAAACUAAAACCGAGCUGAAGAGUGAAGAACACAAGCACCUUGAUGACUUGAUAAAUAACGGCACUGAAGAAGGAAUGGAGGUCAAGCACAUAGAAGGAAAAGGAAGAGGAGUUUUUGCUAUUAAGGGUUUCAAAAAGGGAGAGUAUGUUGUUGAGUACCAUGGUGACCUACUGGAUCUAUCCCAGGCUAAGAUGAGAGAAGCCGAGUAUGCAGAGGAUCCCCAAACGGGCUGCUACAUGUACUACUUCCAGUACCAAUCUAAAACAUACUGUGUGGAUGCCACAAAGGAAACGGGACGCCUUGGGAGGCUGAUUAACCACAGUAAAAACGGGAACUGCCAGACAAGGCUGCACCCCAUCGAUGGAGCGCCUCACCUGAUUUUGGUGGCGUCCAGAGACAUUGAGGCAGAGGAGGAACUGCUUUAUGACUACGGUGACAGAAGCAAGGCUUCAGUUUCCGCACACCCUUGGCUUAAAUACUGA